AUGUAUUUCUUCACCCUCGCAGUGCUGGAUUCCCUACAUCUCGCCUUCACGUUGCUUUCGAUCAACGUAGAUGCACUACAACCUGCGAGCGUGGUGACGGCCUUCACGACCCCGUUAUCUGCUGUCCUCGUGUCACGCUUCCUCCUCCAUCUACAAUCAGCGAGCCUCCGGGCUGUUGGCUCCACACCGUCCUCACAGAUUUUGUCAAUGCAUCUCGACCACUCCCUGGUAUUCGAGCGCAUCGUUGGAUCACUUGGAGCAUCGAUUUCUGCUGAAGAUUAUCUUAAGGAGGACUAUGAUGACGAUGGAAAUGUGGAGAGAGCUGACGAGCUGACAUCGAGGGAGUAG